CACGCUCAGUCGAGCCGUAGCUCUCGGCCGAGUUAGACGUAUUUAUAUAUAUACGGUGACGAGAGCACACGCGAGUGGCGGUGUCCGAUCGUUUCUUUCUUUUUUUUAUAAAUAGUAUUUCAUUGGCAAUACAGGCACCGUAUCUCAGUGACUUACAGUUAAGUGACACUUAGUUGAAGAAGCGACGAACGAAAAAAAUAAAAAAGUCACCGAGAGGCAAGUGUUUUACACAGUGUUCCUCUAUAUACGUGUGCGAGUGUGUGCAGAGAGGGCUUCCCCGAAAAACUGUUCAGAGAGCAGGUAAUGCCAUCGAUCGCCGCUCAGCGAGAAGAAGUAGCAGCAGCAGCAGCACGAUGCUGACGGUAAUGUGUCCGAACUGCAGGCAUCGCUUCCCAGCGGCCGGUUGCUGCUCGUCCCCGAACAACAUGCUGGAAAUCAACUCGGCAACGCUGUCCCAGUGCGACCCCACCGCCGACGAUUACUAUCGUCAACAAGUCAGACUUGCCGGUGGUGGAUUGAUUCAUGACGGCUUUUCCACGUCGUCAAGCCAGCAGCAGCAGCAGCAGCAUCAUCAUCAUCAUCAUCAUCAUCAUCACCACCACGAGAUCGAAUUCAAUCCUCGAUACCUCGGCGGUGGUCUGAUGGACGUACAACCGGACGCGCGUAGUCUCAGCUGUGUUGCCGAGGCUGCCAGGCAGCAAACGCGACCGCUGCAGAUCAUUACCGAAGAUAUGCUUAGGCGAUCCUUCGAGCAAGCGGUUUUGCUCCACACCAAUUCCAACGCGAGGUUGGAAGUGUCACCAGGUGAUUGCCAAGAUGUGCCAGGUACUCGUUGCGAGACGAUUAGUAAUAACGUCAACUCGUCUGGCUGCAAUUGCUCCUGUAAAUGUUGCUCGAGUUAUAAUAAAAACGACGACGGGCAGCAGCACUCGAGGCACAAUCUCUGUCAGGUUUCUUCAAGUAAAGAUUACUCGGAACAGCAUCAACGCAACGAUUCAGGUGAUAUAAAGAUCCACGUUAACACAACAUUUCAACUACCGUCGUCUGGUAGUUCCGGAGGUUAUACCUUAAACAUAACCGCCACAACGUCAACAACACCAACUCAUACAACCGAGCCAAUAGUCAAGGAUCAACAAACCCGAAAGCGUAUUUUCAGUAGUGGUGGUAAUGUCAGCAUUACCGCUGGUAAUCUCAACGUCGUUACUCCUCAACCAACUGACACAACAAAUAGAGAAGAAUCACCAGCAACACCUAUCUCUUGGGUUACUCCAUGUCCUUGGGGUUUCGAUGGUGGUUACGAUAUGGUGCAAAAGCAUGCUGCUAAGUUAGCUGAAGUUAGAAAAUUAUUGCAAAAGUGUGAUUGGUUCUACGAAGGACUCACCUGGCAGCAAAGUGAAGUUUUGCUCAAAGAUGCUGCUGUUGGACGGUGGUUGUUGAGAGAUAGCUCUGAUAGCAGGUACUCUUUUGCAAUUUCGGCGCAAACGGCUCGAGGUCCAACCUCCGUACGAGUCAUCUAUUUCAUGGGCAAGUUCAGGUUGGAUUCGAUACCUGGAAAAGAAUUCGAAAUGCCAUUGUUCGAUUGUCCGUUCAAGAUGCUCGAGUAUUAUUGCGAUUACGAGAGACACGUAGAUGAAAAUCGAGCAUAUUGGGUAGAUUGUCAAUGUAAAUUGUUCGCGCAUAUUCACAUGACACAACCGCUGAUGAAAAAAGUCCCGUCAUUGUCGCAUUUGGCGAGAUUAGCGGUAAACAAAAGCGGUAAGAAGCUUGAGGAACAAACGAAAAAAUUGCCACCGGUGAUUAGGAGUUAUCUCGACGAGUAUCCGUAUUCGUUGUAAGAUGAUAUGGCAUGUAUGUUUCUUUUUCUGUGCGCGCGCAUGUAUGUAUGUUUUGUUGUUCUGAGAUGAAAAGACUUAUUUUACGGAGCGCAUGGGAUAUUUCUGUUUUAAGUAUUUAAUUUAUUAUUUUUCUGUGUCACAGUAGCGACUAAUGAUAUGAAGGUUUAACUCGGACGAAGCAUUCAUGUAAUAGUCUAGUCGACGGAUUGUUAUUCACAUCAUUAUCCGAUAUUUUGGGAGAGGAAAGGAGAGUAGAAAAGCGCGCGAGAUCUAUUGUCCAUGUGGGAUAUAUGUGAAAGAGUAAUUGAUUUCUCAGUAUUUGUUAAUUUUAAUUUGUAGUAGAUGAUUAAUUUUCCGGCGUUGAAGAUAUUGUAAAGCAUACGUCGUUUCCUUUUCUUUAUUCAAAUGCUUACACCGCGUAUAUCGCAUGUAGACGCGCGUCUGACUUUGUACAUAAAUAAUUCAUCGAAUGUUUUGCUUGCAUUAUCGAGCAAAGAAAAAAUCUAUUUUAAUUGUUCGCAAUGGUAAAUUUAUCAGUGAAAUGUUCAUGGAAAAUUUCGGAAAAGAAAUCUUGUUCAUCGUCACUAUUUAAUUACCAGGACAGUUUUUAAGGCAUUCUUUUCCAAUGAAUCAGCAGUAUGAAAUCAAAAUGAAAUGGACAAAUAAUUUCUUUGUAAAUAAUAUUAGAUAAUAUUAUUAAUGCUACUGCUGUCAUUUAUCAAUUUUUCGUUUUUUCUCGAAAGAAACCUUUGUGCGCGUUCGACUAAAAUUCUUUUUCUUUUGUAUAUAUCGAAAUUGUAUAUAUUUGCUUUCACCCUAGCUUAAGAACAAUCGCUCAAUAUGUAAGACUCAGGCCAACGGAUUUUUAUUCGUUGAUACCGUCAAAUCAAGUCUUCCUACUUUGAUGAUUCACAAGGUAAAAGAACGGUUCUGUUUUAUUUUCUGAUAGUUCAGCAAAAAUUUUUAUUAAUUUGACAAUUUCAACAGCAAUGCAAUAUUUGAAAAUUUGAAAAUUUAUUUGAAAAUUCGUUCAGCCAAGUCUUAUUUAGUGUGUUUGGUUUAAAUAAAAUAGAGUGUAUAACUCUCACUUGUAUUUGUAUAUAUACUACUACGACUUUAAGCAUCUUCAGUAACUUUGAAAGAAAAAUCCUAUUUACACAUUAUAAUCAAUAAAAAAUAACAUUAAUUUCCAGUGCAAUAUAAAAGAUCUAUUUUUUCAUCGUAAAUAAUCAAUUUAUAAUUUUAUCUAUUUUACCGCAAAUGACAAUCGUACAGUUACUUUUAAUUACGAUUUCAUUUACAACUUUACUGAAGAUGCUUAAAUUUCUAAAUGUUCACUCCUUGGUUCAAUAUCUAACAUUUACUAUCAAGUUGACCGAUUUCUCGGAGCAUAAUAAUCCUCUGAUUUUUUCCCAAGCAUAAAACUCAAGUUGACAAUCGCACAAACAAAAUAUGUACAUUGAUACAUGGUCUGUUGAUAUUAUUUUUUGAUGUGUGAAACGAAGAGAUGCAUAAAUUUGUACGUUGAAUGUAACGAAAAUUCAACGAGUUCAUCGUUUCUAUAUUAGAGACGACUACGUAGUAGAAAAUAAUUGUACAAGGAUCUUUCUCUGUUUUUUUUUAUCGACUUGUCAAUCUUUCUCUGUAUACACGUGUAACCCUGAUAUAAAUAUGUUUUUUUGAUGAAUUCCUGGCUCUUGAUCUCUACGAGGGCUACGAAUAGAUGAUAGACUGAAUCGGGCCGUUAACUGCCAGUUUUUCAAAUCGCCGACUGCCAAAACUCUCAACGGCAGCCGAUGGCUACUUCAACGUUGUACUUUAUACUGCAAUAAGAUGUGCAUAAAUGAAGUAAAUUAUUAAAUAACUAUUUAUUAUA